CGUUGGUCGGACACGCACAGUUCUGUACUUCCUCAUCCCUCCAUCUGAACCGAUACUCCGUACUCAACAUCUCAUUGUUGCAAUCAGACUGAAAUUGGGCUUCUUGAGUGCGACGAAGUGACCCCGCCAUCAAAGUACCGUGGCGCAGGUUUAGGUCAGCCAUCCUCGCGUCUGCGCGUAAGCCCACCAGGAGCACCACCCCACCAUUGCCAGCAUCAGUCGGUGAGACGCAAGCCGGUACUAGUUACAUUCGCUAUCGCCUCAACAAGUUCCUACGUGGUCAAGGACUUUUGGAGGCUCCGACCUCGGUGGCUCUGCAAUCGCCAUCUCCUCAACGACUGAGCACGUUUUGAAAGGGGCAGACUUGAGACUGCGCAGGCUUUCGAGACUUAGCCCACAUAUUGAUCGUCAUUCCAGGCGGAGACCUCAUCGUCACGCAAAAGGCAAACAAAGGCACACAGACAAUGCGACCAGCAUAUAACGAGCCCCUCGCUCCCCAAAGAGAUGAGCAGGACAAUCGCCAUCCCUUAGGCGCAGACAACACCUCAAUGCCAUCGUCGCGUGUGCGAGGCAUGCAUUCCGAGGAUUCCUGGAUUGAAAUACCGUCGCGCCCAUCCUCAUCCUCCUUAUCAUCUACCAGCAAUGAUAUAGUCACUACGGGUCUCCAGAUCCGGCCUCGAGACGAACGACUAUCCCGCCAACCUCAUAUUUCCAGCCGCCUUACAGCGUCCCAGCCACGAUCAACAAGCACCGCCGGCAGCAGUCAAGACGAAUAUGAAGAGAGCGAGAGUGACAGCGAUCGAGUCUUGAGCAGUUCCAAUGAAGAUAUAUCCCAGGACGAGACGGCCGACGAUGACGACACUUCGACGGCGCUCGGGACUGGCAACACGGACAAGGUGUUUACACCUCAGCCCAAUGCUUUCACCCAUCCUCCUUCCGCUCAGCAAGGUCCUAUUCCAGAUUCGUACUUCCCAGCCGCGCCAGGUUUCACGCAAGAAAGACCAUCGAACGAGCGGACAAUCACCCAGCGAAGUUAUCAACGGCAGAACCAGUCAAGGUACCGGGCUCAUACAUCUUCAUACCAGCCUGAUCAUGAUGCCGCUUUGCGAGCUUCUUUGACAACGUUACUCUCAUGCGCCGCUGCAGUACGUCCAAAGGGACCUGAUGCUCGGCCCGCUGCACCUACCAGCAGACCUUCUGCUCAAGCGACGGCCUUACGUUUGGUGCCAGAGUCGGAACUGGAGAACCCUACACGACCUAGGUCGAGACGGACAUCAUCACCCAAGCAGACCAAACGAAAGUCCCGAGAAUCCAGCAAGGAACGACAUGCCAAGAAGUUCCGGCCAGCCAAAGCAGCUAUGGCUGGCGAGGAACUCAUAAGUCCGACUCUAGCCUCGUGGAUGAUAUCAGCCGGUGUCGUCCUUGUCUUCUCCGCAAUCAGCUUCAGCGCCGGGUACGCUUGGGGCCGCGAGGUGGGCAGAAUCGAAAGUGAAAUGGGCCUCACAAGUGGCAAUUGUAGCCGGGAAGCGCUGCGGAGUAGUGGCUCCGGUUUGAGGCGGUUGAGGUGGACAUCAGCAGCGAGCACUAUAAGUGCAUGAACACGAUGACUACGAGAGCUUUUAUCUUUUUGUUGGCGUCAUGGUGAGUUUGGUGUUGUGAGGCCAGCGAAGGAGACAACCAUUGUUGGCCAUCGACAGGAGCUGCGAAUUGAUAACAACGACAAAUGGAGCUGAUACCCCGGGGUGGCGACCAAUAUCGAUAUAGGCAGUCUUUGCAUGACUUGGCAUGUGCUCCCUGACGGGACUGAUGGGAUUUACUUACACGAAGCAUGAUAUACGACAUGGCGCUGAAUCAUGAUGGUGUAGGGAGCAUAGCCACUGAGCGGCGUAUAUGGGGAUAUACGUCCUUGAUGUGGCUAUAUCCACAACUGGGUAUAUGAAUAUAUAGACAAUCAGGUGUUUGCGCCGCUUGGUGUUGAACAAGGCC